AUGCACAACUUCCUGGGCAACCUCGCGGAUGCUAACCAGCUUGACAAAGAUCGUUUUGCCGUCUGGUUCGCCACGGAGGAUGACAAGGAAGACUCCGAGAUCAGUUUCGGAGCCCUGCCACCCAACCGACUGGGCUCAGAAGUUGCCUGGCUGCCCCUCUCCUCGACGACCUCGGGUCUGUGGCAGGUGGAGAUGUCUGACGUCACCCUCAACUUAGUCCGCUUGGAUGUUUGCAAGAAGGGGUGCCACGCAGCUUUCGACACGGGCUCCGGAAUGAUCUCUGGGCCCAAGCAUCUGAUGGAAGCGAUAAGUCAGGAGCUCAACGUGGCCACCGACUGCUCCAACUACGAUGAACUGCCCGCGCUGGGCUUUGAGCUGGGAGGAGUGACCUACAAUUUGGACAAGUACGAGUAUGUCAAGCGAACCAGCGAGGGUUGCUUCCCCCAGCUCCAAUCCACAGAUGAGGCAGAGGCCUCAGAGGCUUCUACCUUCUUCCUGGGAGCGCCCUUCCUCACGCGCUACGUCACGAUUUAUGAUCGAGUCUUCCUGCGGAUGGGCCUGGCCUUUGCAGUGCAUCAGAAUGAGCCAACAGGGGAGAGCAACGAAGGCGCCAUGAAGCGCCUCAUGGGGCGACCCAGCCUAGGCCGUGCCUCCGAGUCUGAUUGA